ACUGCACCAUAAAAACAUCUCUUAUCCUCUCCACUUCCGUAAUGGAUUGAUAAAAUAGCCCAAAACAACACUGACAAAGAAGCACUUACAGACACAGAGCCAACUCCAAUCUAUGGCUACUUGCAUCGCACCUUCCUCCUCGCUUAUGCUAACGUACGCCGCCUCCAACGUACAUCCCCAGGACCUCACUCGUUCGGUUCUUUCCUUCAAGUCCAACAACCCCGCCUUUUCUCUCAAGACUUCCAUAGACAGAAAUUCCAGCAUCGGAUGGACUGGUCUGUGUGCCCGGAUAGGCUCCAAGAAUUUCAUGGUGGCUGCCGUGGCUACGGUGGCCGCCGUGGCUACGGAGGCCGCAGUGGCUGAGGCCGCGGAGGAAGCGGCUGACAGUGGCUCUGCUACUGCUACUCUUACUGCCCCGUCCAAGCCCAAGAAAGGGAAGGCCGCGUUGCCUCUUAAGAGAGACAGAGUGAAUUUGCCUAAGGGAACAGGUCAAAAGGUCAAGGUUGCUGUUCUUACCCAAGGUGAAAAGUUUGAUGAAGCAAAAAAUGCUGGAGCGGAUAUUGUUGGUGGUGAGGACUUGAUUGAACAAAUAAAAGGAGGAUUCAUGGACUUCGACAAAUUAAUUGCUUCCCCAGAUAUGAUGGUUAAGGUUGCAAGCCUUGGAAAGAUUCUAGGACCUCGAGGGCUCAUGCCAAAUCCGAAAGCUGGUACCGUUACCCCAAAUAUACCUCAGGCUAUUGAAGAAUUCAAAAAGGGUAAAGUUGAAUACAGAGCUGAUAAAACCGGAAUCGUUCACAUACCGUUCGGCAAAGUAGACUUCUCUGAAGACGACCUCCUCUUGAAUUUUCUUGCAGCAGUUAAAUCGAUCGAAACAAACAAACCAAAAGGAGCCAAAGGAGUAUACUGGAAAAGUGUACAUAUAUGCACAUCAAUGGGUCCUUCGAUCAAGCUAAAUAUAAGGGAGAUGCUUGAUUACAAGCCUCCGUCAAACAUUUGAAGAACAAUGAUUACUAACAGUUGAAUGUCUUCAACCCUUUAAUUACCUAUGUGAGCAUUCAAUGUCUGGAACAUGCAGUGCUCAAUGGGAUUUGGCUUAGGGAGUAAGAUAGAGAGGGAAUAUUAAUUAGGAUGGAAUCCUAGUGAAAUUGUGUAUGUGAAUUACCAUAUUACCUUUCUGUAUACAGACUGGGACCUGUAUCAUCA